CAGGCACAAUUUCCACAGGAAAACCUCCCGGUCUCCGCCGCAAAGCCAAUCCAAGCCCUCGAGCACUGGGGGCGUUCAGUUGCUCUACCUGGGUUCCGUGGAAGAGCAAUGGCUACCGCCUCUGCGGAGAAGACGGAGGAGGAGCUCCGAAAGGAGAUCGAAGAGCUCAAUCGCCAGCAACGCGAGAUCUCUGAACGUCUUCGUGAUCCUCGUGGCCUUCGCCGUGGCGGCGGCGCCCGUGGCAGUGGCCCUCUUCGGCAGCGCGGGCUUGUGAGACCGGCGGUGGAUGAGCCGGAGGACCAGCCGUCCGCGAAGAGAAGGCUCUCUUCGGCGAUUGUCAAGAUGGAAGAUGGAGAAAUCAAAGAGGAUGUAGGUGUGGGAGAUGGUGUGCAGGAUGCGGGUAGAGCAGAUGUGAGUGUUAUUCCAUCUAUUGCAGAGGAGAGGCUGGUCAAUCCACAGGGCAAUGGCCGUUUUAGAAGGGACACUGACCUGCGGAUGGGGAGAACUGAGAUUGAUGAUCAAAUCAAAGAGCCAGCGCCAAGGGUGUUCCCAAAAAAUGAGGACCCAAGUUUAGUAAAGAGGAAUAGGAGGAUGCUGGGGCAGCUAUUAGGCACUCUGGAGAAAUUCCGUGAGGAGGACAAGAAGUUGUCAACGACAGAGGCAUACAUGCGCAGAUCAGAUUCAUUAAAAAGAGCUGAGGAGAAGGCACGUGAAGAAAGUGAAAGGCUUCGACACCAAGAGCGUGAACAAAUUGCAGAAAAACGAAGACGUGAUCUGACUCUUCGAGCUCGUGUAGCUGCCAAGGCAGAGGAGAAGAAGCUGGAACUGCUGUACCUUCAUUGGUCUGAGCAUCAUAAAAAGCUUUGCAAUUUUCUAAGGACUAAGGCACAACCUGCAAUAUAUUACAUGCCAGUCAAACCAUUAACAGAAGAUGAGGUUGUACAUGAGAAGCUAAACGAAGAGUAUUUUAUGGAAUGGAAGUCCACACGAAGGGCUGAGUUAUCGGAGUAUCAAAAGACAAUUGCAGAGCAAUAUCUUGCAAAAGUUGAUGCAGACUUGGAACGGUGGCAAAAUGCAAGAAAUGCAAAGAAAGUAAACAAUCUAGCAAGUCUACAGGAAACUAUGGAUAAAGAACUUGAGACACAUAGGCUGGAACAUGGGCCAAAGAAAAGGAGGAUCCCUGGAAGCAAUGACGAAGAAGAGGAUGUUGAAGAUAUUGCUGUUGAAGAUGAGCUGAUGGAUGAGGACCUUGAGGCGCACGAGAGGAUUGAAGGCGAAUCUUCCAAGCUGCCAGACACAGGUAAUGGCAGUGCAGGCAAUGCAGAGAUGCAAUAGUUGGAGUAAGUAAUGUUUUUAUUUUUUUCUGCUUUUGCUUCUUGUUUGGAACUAGUGUUAGGAUGGAUUAUGGUUGUGGGGCAUGGGGAUUACCCCUAUUCUGUUGAACUUACCUUUAGUUUGGUUUUUGUUGGUUGUGUUAAGAAGCAUAGGCGUUUUUAUACGAA